AUGUCCAAAUCCAAGAUCAUCGCCUUCGUCGUCGUCUGCACCCUUCUCGCCACCGCGGCGGCCGGCGCUCCACCACCCAACCCGUCACCCCCACCGCCGCCGCAACCGACACCGACGUUACCGACCAACUGCAUGGGAACGAUCUCCCAGCUUUUAUCGUGUGUUCCCUUCCUCAUAGGGCGUGCAGGAGCUCCGCCGGCAGACUGCUGCCGCCCGUUUCGGGACAUUGUCCAGAGACCGGAGCGCGUGUGCUUUUGCCACGCAUUGACCGGCGCCUUGAGCCGCCUCAUCAGCACUCCCAUCAGCUCCACAAGGCUCGCGCUUCUUCCUCUCCAUUGCGGAACCCUGAUACCGCCGUCGUUGCUGGUCAAUUGCGUCGUAGGCCCAGUUCCGCCGAUAAACAGCCCCCCGGGUACACUUCCAACGAUCGAGGAGGCAACGGCGAUGGAGGCGGACGACCCAUGA